GUCUUUCUGGCGGAGGCGGUGUCCUGCGGCUGCCGAGGGAGAAGCAUGGGCGACAGCGCGUGCAAGUGGCGGGCUUUGCCCAGCGGCCCCAGCCUCAGGAACCUCACGGCGACGGGCUACGGGCUGCCCAAGGAGCGCCAGACGCCGGCCCUGCAGGACGUGGCGCGGGCGCACACCGAGUCCUUCAACUACGCCGUGGGAGAAGGGCUGCAGCGGGCCGUGCAGGCCAUUCCACCUUUGGAAUUUCUUUACAAGAAUGAUCGGAUCACUUUGGCCAUUGUGGGGGCCACCAUCAACCCUCCUAUGGUACCAAAAGGAAGUAUAUGUAACGAGCUUAAAGUUUACCCAGCAGAAUGCAGGGGGCGCAGAAGCACCUACCGUGGAAAAAUAACUGCUGAUAUCAGCUGGGCACUGAAUGGCAUCCCUAAAGGGAUUAUAAAACAGUCCCUCGGAAAUGCUCCAAUUAUGGUGAAGUCCAAACUUUGCAAUCUCCACGGUCUCUCUCCCAAAGAGCUCAUCAAACACCAUGAGGAGGAAGAGGAAAUGGGAGGCUAUUUCAUUGUUAACGGUAUAGAAAAGGUGAUCAGGAUGGUGAUUAUGACAAGGCGCAACUUUCCCCUUGCAAUGAUUAAACCAAAAUGGAAAUCCAGAGGUCCAGGCUACACACAAUAUGGUGUCUCAAUACACUGCGUUAGAGAUGAACACACAGCCGUUAACAUGACCCUUCACUACCUUGAAAAUGGCACAGUGAUGCUGAACUUCAUUCAUCAAAAAGAGCUGUUCUUUCUUCCACUCGGAUUUGUACUGAAGGCAUUAGUUAGUUUCUCAGAUUUCCAGAUUUUUCAGGAGUUGAUUAAAGGAAAAGAAGAGGAUACUUUCUAUAAGAACUGUAUGUCUCAGAUGCUGCGGCUGGUAGCAGAGGAUGGCUGCAUGACACAGAAACAAGUCCUCAUCUUCCUGGGGCAGCGCUUCAGAGUGAAAUUCAACCUUCCUGAUUGGCACAGCAGUGAACAAGUUGGAGAGUUCCUUCUUGACAAAUGCAUCUGCAUACACCUGAAUAACAAAGUUGAGAAGUUCUACCUGCUUUGCUUCAUGACUCGAAAACUCUUUACUUUAGCCAAAGAAGGCUGCAUGGAGGAUAAUCCUGACAGUUUAAUGAAUCAAGAGGUGCUCACCUCGGGACAACUUUACCUCAUGUUUUUAAAGGAGAAGAUGGAAACUUGGUUGCAGUCUGUGAAAAUAGCCUUGGACAAGAAAGCUCAGAAGUCAGCUAUGACGAUUAAUGCAGAAAACAUGAUUAAGAUUCUUGGCAUGGGGGCAGAUAUUACAAGGAUGCUUGAGUAUCUCCUUGCUACUGGCAACCUGCGCUCUAAGACAGGUCUGGGCAUGCUGCAAAGCUCCGGUCUCUGUGUGGUAGCAGACAAGCUGAACUUCAUCCGCUACCUCUCCCAUUUCCGCUGUGUGCACAGAGGGGCUGAUUUUCUCAAGAUGAGAACAACCACUGUGCGCAAGCUGCUGCCGGAGUCCUGGGGCUUCCUUUGUCCUGUCCACACGCCCGAUGGAGAACCGUGCGGUCUGAUGAAUCACAUGACAGCCCCAUGUGAAAUAGUAACACAGACAUCGUACACACACUCCCUGCCAUCCUUGCUUUGCUCUUUGGGUGUCACUCCAGUUGAUGCUGUGCCAAGCCAGCCGUACUCUGAAUGCUACCCAGUUUCAUUAGACGGCUCCCCAGUAGGCUGGAUAGAGAAGGAUCAGGCUCCUGGUCUUGUGGAGACACUCAGGCACUUCAAGGCAAUGCAAGAAAAGAAGAUUCCCGUUUGGACAGAGGUGGUCCUUGUCCCAAUGACAGGAAAGCCUAGCCUUUACCCAGGACUCUUCAUUUUCACCACCCCUUGUAGGAUGAUGCGUCCCGUGCAAAAUUUGGCCCUGGGAAAAGAAGAAUUAAUUGGCACAAUGGAGCAGGUCUUCAUGAACAUUGCUGUGUCUGAGGAUGAAAUUCAACCGGGACUGACCACACACCAGGAGCUCUUUCCCCACAGCAUAUUAAGUGUGGUGGCAAGUUUUAUUCCCUUCUCGGAUCACAACCAGAGUCCAAGAAAUAUGUACCAGUGUCAGAUGGGCAAGCAGACGAUGGGUUUCCCGCUUCUGACCUUCCCAUACCGGUCAGACGAUAAGCUCUACCGACUUCAGACCCCUCAAAGCCCACUGGUGCGGCCGGCUAUGUAUGACCAUUACGACAUGGACUCCUACCCGGUCGGUACAAAUGCAGUUGUUGCCGUGAUCUCCUAUACUGGCUACGACAUGGAAGAUGCAAUGAUCUUGAACAAGGCUUCAUGGGAGAGAGGCUUUGGACAUGGAAGUAUCUACAAAACGCAACGUAUUGACCUUGCGGAAAAAGUCAAGAAGGGAGAGGAUAAUCUGGUAUUUGGGAUUGGUCAGGAUAAGCUGACAACUUUGCAGAAUCUGGAUCCUGACGGCUUGCCCCACAUUGGAGCCAGACUUCAAUAUGGGGACCCCUUCUAUAGUUAUGUGAAUCUCAACACGGGGGAAAGCUUUGUGACCUACCACAAGAACAAGGAAAUCUGCAUUGUGGAUAGCAUCAAAGUAUGCAGCAACGACACAGGGACUGGGAAAUUCAGGUGUGUGUGCAUCACCCUGAGGGUCCCCCGGAAUCCAACGAUCGGGGACAAAUUUGCCAGCCGUCACGGACAGAAAGGCAUCCUGAGCAGACUGUGGCCGGCUGAGGACAUGCCCUUCACCGAAAGUGGAAUGGUGCCGGAUAUCCUCUUCAACCCUCACGGCUUUCCGUCCCGAAUGACCAUUGGCAUGUUAAUUGAGAGCAUGGCGGGCAAAUCUGCUGCUCUGCACGGGCUUUGUCACAACGCCACGCCCUUCACGUUUUCCGAGGAGAACUCUGCGCUGGAAUACUUUGGCAAGUUGCUGAAGGCCGCCGGCUACAACUUCUACGGGACGGAGCGAAUGUACAGCGGCGUCUCGGGAGUGGAGCUCGAAGCGGACAUCUUCAUCGGCGUGGUGUACUACCAGCGCCUCAGGCACAUGGUCUCUGACAAGUUCCAGGUGAGGACUACCGGGGCCAGAGAUAAAGUCACCAACCAGCCCAUCGGAGGGCGGAACGUUCAGGGCGGCAUCCGUUUUGGAGAGAUGGAGCGGGACGCUCUGCUGGCUCACGGGGCCUCCUUCUUGCUGCACGACCGCCUUUUCCACUGCUCCGAUCGCUCGGUGACCCACGUGUGCAUCGAGUGCGGAAGCCUGCUUUCUCCCCUCUUGAAGCCUCCGCCCGAGUGGUCUUCCACAUGCAUCAGGCAACACGUCUGCACCACUUGCGGUCGGAGCGACACCAUUGAAACGAUUGCCGUCCCGUAUGUCUUCCGCGUCUUCGUAGCGGAAUUGGCUUCCAUUAAUGUAAAAGUGAAACUCGAUGUGAGUUAGGGUGGUGCGAACUGUCCCGACCUUAACGCUGGGAGAGAAUUGAAAGUACGUUUCUCCUGUGGAACCGUCUUU